CUCUUCUGACGUUUCACACCACUGUGCCGGUCAUUGGUCUGUGCUUUAAGGUUCAAUUGAGGAUCGUAUUUUUGUUCCUGUGUCAACGUAGAGAAGAAAAGAAGAACGGCGAUCAUCAGCCAGUCGGCUAAGUUUUCAUCGAAUAUAGUUUUUCACUCCUCUAGGCUCUAUUAGAAACGGUUCUUUAUAUCUGACACCAGCCAGACACCCACCACCCAAGCAGAGCUCCUUUUUGAAGAUGAACUCCAAUGUGGAGAAUUUGCCCCCUCAUGUUCUUCGCUUGGUCUACAAAGAAGUUUCAGCUUUAGCAGCAGAUCCACCCGAGGGCAUUAAGAUUUAUCCCAGCGAAGAAGACAUAACAGAGCUUCACACAGCAAUAGAGGGACCAGAGGGAACUCCAUUUGCUGGUGGCAUUUUCCGAAUGCGUCUGGUCCUCGGGAAGGACUUCCCUGCGGUUCCACCCAAAGGGUAUUUCCUGACCAAGAUUUUUCACCCCAACGUGGGUCAUAAGGGAGAGAUCUGUGUCAACGUGCUGAAGAGGGACUGGAAGGCAGAACUCGGCCUCAAACAUGUCUUACUGACAAUCAAGUGUCUUCUAAUCCAUCCGAACCCAGAAUCGGCUCUGAACGAAGAGGCCGGCCGCUUGCUGUUAGAGGACUAUGCUGAGUACGAGUCCCGGGCCCGCCUGCUCACAGAGAUCCACGCUAUGGGCGGCACUUCUGGGGCACCUCAGGAUCCUAAUGACGGCCCCCAGCCAAAGAAGCAUGCAGGUGACCCGAUGAAGAGAGCGGGACCCAGUGCGGCGUCUGUGCCAGCAGCUUUGGGUAAUGGAGCCAAUGGAGCCAGCACCACCACCAGCAAUAGCAACAGUAGUAGUAGCACUAAUAAUGUAGCAGGGAAGAAGAAAGCAGAUAAAAAGCGUGCGUUGAGGCGACUUUAAUACCUCCAUAGAAAUUUUCAGUGUGUGUGUGUGUGUGUGCGCGCGUGUGUUUGUGUGAAUGUGGGAGAGUAAAUUUAAAUAUUGAAGUAUACUGAUGAUGUUUUUGUUCCCUUUGACUCUUUAUACCCUGAAAAUCCAGACUUCUCACUUUGUACUUAUACCUUAUUCUUUGUCUUUCCAUCACUCUGUCUUGUCCAGUUGGUGUCACGGGUUUAAUUCUUCCCAUACCUGAAGACGGUGACAAAUUGUUGCUUUUCUGAAAUGAAAGAAUACACUUUCAGUCUAAAAAAAAAACAUCAUGCCAUCAGUUGUGAUUUUCCUUUGGCCUACUGUGAAUGAAUGAUACUUAAUGCGAUUCACUGUGCAAACCACGGCCUCUGAUGUCUGUCCAUUAAUGAGAUAUAGCUCCUGUCGUCUCAGACUUAAUAGCAGCCUUUUUUUUUUCUUUUUUUUUUAAAGCGUUUCUUGGUAAAAGCAACUGUGAUGGUACUGUGUACUGCACAGCCUGACUCAUUGUCGAGUCUGAACCACGAUGCUACCUUAAAGUCAGGUUUUUAAAUUCAGCUCAAAGGAAAUGAUGGAAGAAGGCGCUAAAAUUAUGCAACGUCCAAAUUGUAUUCUUCGUUUUGUGAUCCAAUUUAGGUAAAGGUGUAAAGGUAUGGAUUGUUUCAAGUAAAGGAAGUCUGCUGUUUUUUGUUUUGUUUUUUCUGACUUUUUAAAACUGUUUCACUGACCAGUAUUUUCAAAAGCUGUUUUUAAUCGACACGUCCAUAUUCAGCUGUCUUGUGGUUGUGUGUGUGAAGAUGUGCUCAGUGGCUGUAAGGGAACAGGGUAGAUGGCAUGCGCAUGCCACCUCAACUGUUCUCUGUAUUUAGGCAUACUGUGGUGUGACUCGCUUCAACUACCCCUGCCUCCUAACAAAAGCAGCAUGUCCUCUCAGAUGCACCGCACGCCGACCAGCCGCGUGGAGUACCAGAGAUGACAAGUGCCUAGUUUGAACCAACUUGCCCCUCCAUCCGUGGCAACUGCAGGGUUUCUCGGGCAAAUUUUCUUUCCGUUCUUAAAUGCAUGCGGGGCCUACAUUUCCCAAGGAAACACACUGAAGCGCUGUUUUAAUUUGGAUGGAAAAGGUGCCUCUGAAACUCCUGUUACUGUGCACACUGUCUGGCUGGAUAUCUUGUGUCCAUUUUAAAUUAUUUAAAUUAAUAAAAUGUUGAAAUACCAGAAGUGAAAU